GUCUGUCUUUUCCCCAGCAUCAACUGAUAGUGAUAAAAAGAUAAAGGUGACCCGCAGCUCUAAAUACCGGACUUGUAUGUUUUGAAUCCUGACAAUAGCAGCGCAAUGCACCAGAACGCGCCCAACAUCCACCCAUCUUGCGUGGGCAGCAUGAUAAAGCAUUUUCUGACCUGAAGGCUGUGGUUCGCGACGCUAUCGACAACCGCAGCCUUUCGAUGAUCACGAACCGUCAGGCAGCUUCAGAUAUCAUGAGGCUUCUGACAGAGCUCGAUGCUGCCCUAUGUCACGAAGAAGUCCAUGUUCCUUCAUCCAACAGUUCACAGGAUCAGAAUUCCAAGAUCAUAGCAAACAAGCAUAAUUCCCAGCUCCCGGAUCUGCCUCGGAUCACGGAUAGCGCCCUUCGAAACGCGGUUUUCACGCAUCCAGGCAUGAAGAAUGACAUCGGCGCUACAUACGAUCGCCUUGAAGUCCUUGGCGAUGCGUACAUCGAAGUCAUAUCCACGAGACUUAUUUGGGACAAGUUCCAGGAUAUAUCAUCUGGUCGAAUAUCGCAGAUCCGUGAGACACUCGUAAGAAAUGAUACAUUAGCCGACUUUGCAACAAGAUAUGGAUUUGACACCAAAGCCUCUGUGCCGUCGCACUACGCGGAUCAACCAAAAAGGUGGACAAAAACAAAGGCGGACAUUUUCGAAGCAUAUGUCGCGGGUCUUGUAUUAUCUAGUCCAAGCGACGGCUAUGGUAUAGCUGAAGAAUGGUUGACAAAGCUGUGGUUGCCGAUGCUUGAGCGACUUGGCGACCAAAGGUCUACUUUGCAUGCCAAGGAAGCGCUUGCUAAGAAGAUCAUGGGAAAGGGCGUCAAGCUUCGUUACGCUGAUGAACGCGCUCCCUCGCCGCAAGGGAAGGGAACACAGCUCUUCUAUGUUGGGGUAUAUCUUACCGGAUGGGGCUGGCACAACAAGCAUCUCGGUUCCGGCCAGGGUACUAACAAGGCUAUCGCAGGGGACGAGGCAGCCCGACAGGCAUUACUUAAUGUCCAACUAAUUGACGAGAUUGUUAAAAUGAAGAAAGCAGAGACAUUACCCAAAUUUUGAAGGUUCUCUUCCAGCUUGUUGGCCGCAGUUGUUGUUGAAACUGGCAACUUUACUGUAUCAAUUACCAACUAAGAUUGCAGAGCACAGAGCACCUAAAACUUCUUGAACUACCUAGCAUGCACAGGCUGCGAUGAUGCUCGGCGAUUACGAAGUCAGCCGCUAGCGAAUGCCUGGACGAAUAUUAUGAGCGAUCAUCUCACUUGUCAACUAUCUAGCAUCGUACCUCUUGGAUCAAGU